UAGCCCCCAAAACCCUAGAAAAUAGGUUGGGAUUAAAUUAGGCCCGGGUUACCCUCUUAGCCCCCAAAACCCCAUUUUUCUCUGUUGAUCCUGGACAUCCAUUUUCUUCUAGAAGAGCUCGACAACAAUGGCAACACACAGUGGAUUCUACGGCAGACGGCAGCGCUUGCUGGUACAGGCGGCGACAACACACAGUGGAGGCAACGGCAGCAUUUGACGGCAACGCAGGUGGUAUAGGCGGCGGCGAUAGCAACUAUCGAGUGGAGUGAAAAAUUGUGGAAUUUCUGUUUCUUGAUGAUAUCGUGGUGCCCUUUUCAGUCAAAGUGGAAGCAUUAUCUAAUAUAGGCAUCAAUGGAAUGAAAAAUAUGGUAACAUGUCUUCAAGGGAUGAGAAAAGCGGUAUUUGCCAAUCCAUCAAAGGUCCAUACAAAUUCAAGGUCUUCUGAAGUUGCUAUUGAGCUUCUAUUAUGUGCAUCUCAAUACAUAGAUUGUCUUUCCAUAAAGUGCUUCCUUUAGACAAAAGUUCUUCUGCUCCUAUUUCUCUUCCUUUCAUCUUGCAUAGCCAUACUUUCUGGAGCAAUCUACAAAAGGCUAUUAAUUUCAUACUGUAUGAAGUUUACAUGUUUGAGCAAAGGCAGGGGCUUUCACUUCCCCCCAUGUCACAUACUCAAUUUUUGUGGAAUUAGGAUAUUAUUAGAUUGCCCACUAGACCUUUCAGCUCUCCUGGCCUUCUCCCCUAUACCUACUUUGGAUUGCUUGUCAAUUGUAGAAAGCUACAACACUGAGGCUAAUGAUUUUGAUUCAAGGGCUGCGUUUGGGAAAAGACAGAAAAUUGAAAAGCUCCUUCAUGCUAAAAACUUACUUUUUGCUGAACCUUGGUACAAGACUGUUAAUAAUUUGCAGCUGUGGAAUUCCUCUUUCAUUGAUGUUGUAUUAAUAUCCAGUCCAAUGGGUAUUAUGGGGUUGCCCUUUCUUACUCGAAUGAAGGGUUUCUCAGCUAAGAUAUACGUAACUGAAGCAUCGGCAAGAUUAGGCCAGCUAAUGAUGGAGGAUCUUAUAUCAAUGCAUGGGGAAUUCAGGCAUUUCUAUGGACCAGAAGAAUCAAAUUUCCCAUCGUGGCUGAGGCAGGAAGAGCUUGAAAUCCUUCCCUCUGAAUUGAGAGAGAUAAUAUUGGGGAAAGAUGGACUGGAGUUGGGUGGUUGGAUGCCCUUGUACAGUGCAGCUGAUGUGAAGGAUUGUAUGCUAAAGACUCACACUCUUAAUUAUGCUGAGGAAGCUUGCUACAAUGGUACAUUGGUUAUAAAGGCAUUCAGCUCUGGUGUAGAAAUAGGCAGUUGUAAUUGGAUCCUAAAUAGUCCAAAGGGAAAUACUGCAUAUGUUUCAGGAUCCAGCUUCAUUUCUGCACAUGCAAUGGCUUUUGAUUACCGCAGUUUACAGGGGGCAUGCGCAUUAAUUUAUUCAGACUUCUCCUUGGGUGAUACUCAAGAUAGUGCAGAUGGGGAUAAUUGUUCUGUCUCAGCUGCUAAGUUACAAUCUAUAAGUUCUCAAGAUUUGGCUGGAUUCAACCAUAACUCUGAUGAGAACGCAGAGGAAAAGGAAAAGCUGGAUUUCAUAUGCUCAAAUACUAUAAAUUGUAUAAAAGAAGGUGGUUCUGUUCUUAUUCCCAUUGAUCGACUUGGAACUAUUUUGCUUCUCUUGGAGGAAAUGACAGCAUCACUCGAAGCUUCAGAUUUGAAGGUUCCAGUUUAUAUAAUUUCUUCAAUGGCUGAAGAAUUACUGGCAUUGCUUAACAUCAUACCUGAGUGGCUUUGCAAACAACGGCAAGAGAAAUUAUUUGCUGGGGAACAGUUGUUUGCACACGUCAAGCUCUUAAAAGAGAAAAAGAUUCAUGUGGUUCCUGCUAUUCAUUCACAUGAACUCUUAAUUAAUUGGCAGGAACCUUGUAUUGUAUUUUGUCCUCACUGGAGUAUGCGAAUGGGUCCUGUUGUUCAUCUGCUUCGACGAUGGUGUGGCAGUCCAAAAUCUUUACUUAUUCUUGAGGAUAUUCUGAAUCUUGAGCUAGCACUUCUACCUUUCCAACCCGUCACAAUGAAGGUUCUUCAAUGUUUGUUUCCCUCUGGAAUUGGGUUGCGGACAGUUCAACCUUUACUAAAGUUAUUGCGGCCGAAGACGGUCCUGUGUCCUGAGGAGUUGAGACUGCAGAUCAACCUUUCCAGUGAAAAUUCUUUCUCCGUUUUGUAUUAUACUGAAGCUGAAACUUUGAAAGUACCGUAUCGAAAGCACAACUCAGAGAUAAAAAUUGCAACUGAUUUGGCUUCCCAGUUUUAUUGGAAAACAUUCAAAAAAGAAGAAAUCAGUAUAACAAAAUUGAAGGGAGAGCUACGAAUGGAAAAUGCCAGACAUCAUUUGCUAUUGGAAACUGAUAACAAAAAUUCUUCGAGUAAUAGUAGGUCUUCGGAGCAUUGUGGUUUACCUGAUUCAGAAAAACUUAUGGCUGCAUUAUCAAAGAUGGGCAUCAGUGGAAAUAUCCAACAUGGUAUGAGUGAUACCAAAUCACAAACUGUAAGUAUAAUUCACAUAGAGGACCCUUACAAAGCCUCGAUAGAGAUUGGAACCACUGGUACUAUUAUUACUACUGCUCAGGAAAACGUGGCUUCCUCCAUUUAUAAAAUUAUCGACAACAUUUUGAAUUCGGUUUAAUUGUUGUAAGAUGUUGAUUUUAGAAUAGUGGGUGUUUGGGAAAUGACUAACUGAUUUGAAAUGGAAAGGUUUUUAAUUAUGAA